AUGGCCAACAAAAAGACCCAAAAAACGAAACAAACUCAUUCCAUUGUCCCGAACAACAACAACAACCACCCGAACAACAAGCCAUCGGCCUCUUCGAGUACUCAGCAGAAUCAUUCCAACACUCCAUCUGGAAGUGCGGGAGCGGAGCCGCUCUUGAUGAGACUUUGCAAACAUUGUUGUGAGGAUUAUAGUCAGGCUGUAGAUCCGAAUCGUAUCAAGAAGACUUUCGCUUCUUUCAAGAGCAGUAAUUCGGGAAGUGAUGGUGCGGAAUGUCAUCAUGCUCCAAAAUGUAGUACAUGCAAACAAUUACAAUCGGCAAUUGAAAACGAUGAUUUGUUUUUGAAUUGUUUUAAUGGCCUGUUCUACUGUCCAAAGCAUGCCUUUCAGAAAAAGAAUACUCCUCAUGGAGGUGGUAUAAUUAUUAAUAUUUCAACACUGAAAUGCAUUUGUUUAUCAUGUCCAAGCAACACUGAUAUUGGAUUUACACGAACUAAGAGCGUAUUUCAUUUGAAACAACCCAAUGAUGAACACAUCAAUCGAUUUGUCAAUGUUUUGAAAUACGUCAAGAGUCAAGUUGAAACCAGUUUUGGAGCAGAAUCUAUUUAUACUAAAUCGUUGAAGAUGGAAUUAGAAACUACACCUCCUCGAGAUUAUCAAAUGAUACAAGCAUUGCAAAUUUUAUCACAGAGCAUUGCUGCUAAAUCUGCCACUAAUCAAUCACCAGAUACAGAUGCCAAAUGGAAUCUUCAAAAUAACCAGUAUUUGAGUACCAUGAGAGGAUUAUAUAAUUUAGGCAAUACUUGCUUUUUCAACAGUACUAUGCAAGCAUUGGCUCACACGCACCUGUUAGCAUCUUUUUAUUUGAAUCUUAGUGCUGUUUAUCCUACACUGAAUUUACCUAAGAAAGUAACAUUUACCGACGCAAAGUCUCUGUCAUUUGCAUUGACAUUGUUUUAUAACUCAAUUUACAAGAUUCCACAACAACAAAAAAGUGAAUUAUAUGUACCAUAUAAUCCUAGCAAAUUAUUUGAGGUUGUUUGUGAUAAAUUUCCGUUAUUUAGAGGAUAUGGACAACAUGAUGCCACUGAAUUGCUGAGAUUUUUGUGUUCACAUGUGCGAGAUGAGUAUAUUGACGACUUUAAGAAAAAGAAUACAACUGCUAAUAAUGGCAAUCUGCCCGAGAAUACAUCUACCACAAUAUCUUCUAGUAUCCAACCACCUCCAACAGUCAUUGAUGACUGUUUCAAGAUAAUGUUGAACAGUUCUGUUUUUUGUCAACACUGUGGACAUGUGAGCACCAUCAAAGAAACGGCACACGAUUUGAGCAUUCCAAUCCCCAAGACAAAAGAAAACUUGUACAUGCACUUUAAAGAAUUAUUUGAAAGAGAAAAGAAGACCUUCGAGCAGCAUGCUAUGGUUAAGAAUGGCGAUGAAUCAAGCAGCAGUGGUACUACUAGGAACUCAAUGAUGCUAAAUCCAGAAGAAGUAUUGAACACAAUACCUCAAGAAAUGAACGGUGUGCACUUGUCUCAUUGUCUUUGGGGAUUUGUGACCCAUGAUUUGCUGGAGGGAGAGGAUGCAUACAGAUGCGAAAAUUGUUCACACUUGAUCGAUGAAAACACUGAGCGUAGUGAAAAGAGUGUCAGCAAUGUGUCUACUGAUGCCGCCACCAGUGCUGGAACCACUAAUACUACCACUGCUAGUUCGAUUUCUGAAAGUUCAAACUCUUCCACAACAACAACCACCGCUGACAAUACUCCAAGCAACAAGCCAAAAUACACCCUCAGAAAUGCCUGCAAACAAUUCUCCAUCGCUCAAUUGCCUCAAGUUCUCACGAUUCAUCUCAAGAGAUUUGUGUCCAUGCAUCAAAUGAUUCGAAAAAAGAAGAGAUCCAUUCUCGAUGAUUAUCUCAUGAGUACAGGAGCUCACUCCUUUAUGAAAGAUAAUGCUCAAAUAAUUUUCCCAACAACUAUUGAUAUGGCACCAUACAUUCAUCCGUCACAUCGACAAGAUGAAGAGAAUAAGCAAACUGUUUACGAUUUGUAUGCCAUUGUUGAGCAUAGCGGUACCAUGCAUGAUGGUCACUAUGUAGCCUAUGUUAAACAACUCGUUAUCGAUGGUGGACAACAAUUUAAGAGAGGAGACUGGUUUUACAUUAGUGAUUCACAUGUAAAGAAGGCCAUGAGUGAGAAACAAGUUCUCGCAGAGGCCAGACCUUAUUUAUUGUUCUAUGAGAAACGCAGAAAAUAA